UAUAUAUAUCAUAAAUAUUAAAAAGGUUUACAUUUCAUUAUCGUUGUUAAUGCCUUUGUUGAAAUAUUAAACAUCCAACCAAAACCACCACCACCACGAUUAAGAAAAAAAAUAAAAAUAGCUUUAUCGAAAAUUUACCGUCUGCCAACGCUGCUAAACUCUGUUCAAUUCAAUAGCCUUUGUUGAAAUUUGAUCGUCUGGAAAACAAGACUCAUUUCUGAAAAAAAAAUAAGUAUACGGAAAUGGAACAAAAAUAAGAUGAAAGACAAGUAAAAAUUGAAACACUAAAACGUUAUUUUGAGCGAUGUGACUUCUUGUAUACAAACUGGUGGAACCAAAUUAUGUAAACGGGUACUAAUAUUCUUAAUAUUUGCAUAUUUAUAAGUAUUUUUAAUUUUAAUUGAUUGUUUUUUUUUUCUUUUCCAACAAUCCAUCCCUCUAUUUAGCAUUCCAUCCAUUCGAUUAAAUAUUUAUAUAUAUAUAUUUACAUAUUUUCUGAAAUUAUAUUCUGUAGACAUCUCACAAAAAAAUUAUGAGUUUCCUAUUUAUAGUAAUUGGUUUUAAAAGGUGAAACAAUUUCACUAACAACAAAAACAACAACGACACAGACAACAACUCAAUAGAAAUAAUAAUGAUAAUUAAUAAUAAUUAUCAUUAAUAAUAAUAAUAAUUAUAAUAAUAAUAAUAAUAAAUUCGGCGUUAAUAAUCUUUCUCAUGUGAGAACUUUGAUAUCUUCAACAAAAGAGGAUGGCGAAGAUAAUGAUGUUAAGGACGAUAACGAGGAGAAUGGAGAUGACAAUGGCAACGAUGUUGAUGAAGAUGACGAUGCUGGAGAUCAUAAUGAAGAUGAUGGAAAUUGAGAUACUUACAGUUAUGACGAUGACGAAAAGAAGAAAACAACGAUGAUGAAACGAAAGUGAAAAGUGUUUGGAACUGAAGUAGUCACAAUGAACGAUUCAGUGGAUACAAGAAAUGGAAGCUUUCUCUACCAAUUCAGCACCGAGUACGCGAAAUACCACGGUUACCUCAGCCUAGUCGUAUGUUUCUUUGGAAUAGUAACCAACAUUAUCAAUAUAACGGUUCUGACCAGAAAGCACAUGCGCACUCCAGUCAAUUUGAUCCUCACCUCAUUAGCAGUGGCAGAUAUACUAACUAUGGCCAGUUACCUGCCCUUUUCUUGGCAUUUUUACUGCAAGUACCCGAAUCCAAAUCCUCACCGCAACACAUUCGGAUGGAUGCAAUUUCUAAUAUUUCACAUCAACUUCACAACCACAACGCACACGGUUUCCGUCUGGUUGGGUGUUCUGCUCGCAAUAUUCCGCUACCGUCACAUACAGUCUCCAGCGAAAGGAAAUCUAACACGCAUGCGCAGGAUUAUUCGUGCUCGUAUUAGCGUUUGCCUGACUUACGUGUCGGCGGCUCUUCUUCUCGUACCGAACUACAUAUCAUACGAUUUGAUUUUAAAAGACGAGUCCUAUUAUGUUUUGAAAAGCAUUAAAGCUAACACGGACCGAUCGUUUCUAGUCAACCUGUGGUUGUACAGCAUCUUGGCCAAGCUUUUACCGUGUAUUCUCAUGAUCGUUUACGGCGGGCUUCUGUUACGAACUUUAAAGGCAAAGCUAAAAAACAAGCGCCGCUUGUCCAGUCUGGCUCCGGCCAAUAGUCAGCCACGUAUACUGGACCAUUCUCGCACCACACGGAUGCUGCUUGUUGUAGUGAUUCUGUUCAUUGUCACGGAACUACCUCAGGCUAUCCUGCUCAUACUGAGCGCCACUCUAGAAAGAUUCUUCGGGGAUUACUAUACUCCGCUCGGAGAUUUAAUGGACAUUGUAGCUUUAAUAAAUAACGCUAUAAACUUUGUACUCUACUGUUCAAUGAGCCAAGAGUACCGAAGGACGCUCAUGCAAAUAUACUGCUCGGUUCUGUCAACGCAACGUUCCAUCGUCACGCUUGAUAUGGCACCAGAACUCAUCACAAACACUCGUAUCAACCUAAGAUGACUACCGAGCAGAAUAUAAUAAAAAAAAAUACAUCCAUGCCAAAAAAAACUAUCAGACAGAACGAACUGAUAUAUAAAAAGAACAAGACAAAAAAAAAGAAAAAUGACAAUAAAUAAAAUUCAUUUUCC